AUGCCCACCACCAAUCGUGUGGGCUGGGUGAAGGCCAAGACACAGCGGGACUUUAGGAAGUACAAGGAUCUCACCGACGAGAAGGAGAUCGACCUCUACCUCAUCGUGGGGGAAACCAAUCUCGAUUCGGUCGAGAUUCAGGCCGCCCAUCUCACCAAGAUGUUCAACACCGACUGGGACGCCGAAGCCAACCGCGCCUUCCAGCCCCCACCAGGCCACGACGAGCUCCCAGACCCGGCCGAUGUGCCACCGCGACGAGAAGAAAAGGAAGAGGACGCAGAGCGAAGUUGA